AUCACAGAAAUCUGAAAGCAAGCUUUGCCCAAAGCCCCUACGAACCUGCGAUCGCGGCCGGUGGCGGUUUCGCUGGUCAACAGCUGCUAAAUAUUAGGUAGUAUAACAAAGACGCGCAGGCAUAUCAAACAGGUGUUAUCUUGAAAGCCCAUCUGAGGCACGAGUCCGACUGGAGAAAGUCCAGCGUCGCCAACGAAGGGCCCGAAGCUGUAACCUGGAAAGCAUCCAUAACUUCACAUUUAUGAUAUUCAUCGACAGGACUACACCUGACCUUUGCCAGGAAACCCUUAGCAACACUGCGGCGGUGCACGUGUGCAAACCAAAUCUGCUUUCAAUAGCGACAAGGACAUUAUCCCACGCGCCAGCAAUAUGUCACAAUGAGUUUCCGUUGUCAGGGCGCCUAUCGAUUGAGAAGUGCUGCCGUUCAGAGCCUUAGCAUGCAUCCUGGCCGAUACCUAUUGUAAGGUCAAACAUCAGGUGUUUUUACCCUAAUGAACAGCUUGGAGCGUGCUGCGGCCGCAGCUUUGGCUGACUGCGUCGCGGACGAUGUUAUCGAGAGCCGGCCCCAGAGCCCUGAACAUAGGGGACCGGCCACUGGGGUUGACACAGGCGCUAGCAGUGCCAACCACGGCCAAGAUGCGCCGCCUUUGUUUGCUGCGUUGCACUCGAAGCGGUUCGGCAAGGGCGCGCGCGUGGCGGACGUGCUGCUUCAGGCCUCCAGCGCUGCAGGCACCCGAAACGGCACCAGCAGCGGCCGUGCUUGGGAGCCGACCGAACCAGCCAACCCCAGCAGCAACGGCUUGGCCAGCGUCGGUGUCAACGGCGGGCAUGCCAGCUUCAAUCCGCCGCCACUGAAACUGGACAGCAAUGUGUUGGACGUCUCGGUUGCCGGCGGGGCGGCCUACCUCAGCGCCAACACCAGCUCCAAAUCCAUGUUCGGUGGCGGCCAGCCGCCCUCAGAGGCAGGGUCUGAGGCGGGCGGUGAUGGGAGCAAAGACAGGUCAGUUCGCGCCGGCAGCGGCUUCGGCUCCACGCACGGCGGCAUGUCGUUCCUCGCGCUCGGCGGCGGCUCGGCGCACGGCGGCACGCGCAGCCCGUGGAAGCGUGCCGGCAAUGCGGCUAUGGCCAGCCGUACAAUGGCGGCGCGCUCGCGCAAGAUGAGCACCGGAAUGCCCCACGGCGGCGGCGGCGUUCACAUCGGAGCCAUCAUCCAGUUUGAGCAGGAGGCGGCGGCGGCGGCCGAGGCGGAGGCGGCGAAGGCCGCCAGCCCUCUGCACCGCGCUCUGACGGCGAUCAAUGCCUUGCUCUCGCGUUUUGCCAUUGAUCCCGACGCGCGCUGGUAUGCGCUCUACUGGUUUUUGUGGGCGGUGGCCAUCACCAUCCUCAGCUGCUGGAUUGAGCCCUUCUACCUAGCCUUCCGGGACUCAGACUACGUCUCCGGGCUGUCCGUCUGGUUGGACCCGAUCGAGUACGUUAUCCUGGCCACCUUCCUGCUGGACUUCGCCAUGAAGUUCACUGUGGGCUUUGACGACCCCGAGACCGGCGUGCCCGUGCGCACGCAGCCGGCUAUGGCUGUGAACUACAUGCGCAGCUGGAAGUUCUGGCUGGACCUGUUGGGCUGUCUGCCGUACGACUCCAUCACCUACGCCAUUGUGAGCGCCGCAAACGGCGGCCAGGUGUCAGACAGCGCGUCAAAAUGGAUUGACUGGCUCAAGCUUCUCACGCUGACACGCGUGUACCGUAUCUUCGAGCUCUACUCACUGUUGGACUACCGCAUGGUGCUGAGCCAGGGGGCGCUGAUGAUCCUGCGCAACUAUACCUACGUCUUCUUCACCAUCCACUGGGCCGCGUGUGUCUUCUACCACAUCGCGCACCAGGAGGGCAACUUCGGGUCGCAGACGUGGAUCGGCCGCAACUCGCAGCUGUUCCGCGGCCGGCCGGUGUGGCAGCAGUACAUCAUGGCGCUGUACUUCAGUACCACCGUAUUUACGGCAAUGGGUGACGCGGCGCUGUUUCCGUACACCAUCACCGAGAUGGCGGUCAUGAUCGUGUACCUGAUGUUCAACCUGUUUCUGGCUGCCUACAUCAUCGGCACCGUCACCAUCAUGAUGGUCAAGGCCGAUGAGCACAGCAAGGCCUUCCGCGAGAGUAUGGAGAACCUGAAUGAGUACAGCCAGGACAACGAGCUGCCAGAGAAACUGCAAUCAGCCAUGAAGGAGCAUCUUGAGGUCAACUUCGACUCCGCACACGCCGGCGAUGACAAGGUUCUGUCUAUCUACCCCACCACCAUCCGCCGCCGUGCUCUGCGGCACCUGUACCUGGAGCCGGUCAAGGGCUGCUACCUGUUCCGCAAGUGCAGCCGGCGCUUCCUGGACGCACUGAUCACGGCCGCUCGCGUUGAGCUGUUCCUGCCCGGAGUGGAGGUCCUGACUGAGGGCGACAAUGUUGUGGACCUGCUCAUCAUCGUGGCGGGCGAGGUGAUGGUGAGCCAGGGCGGCGCCCGGGCGCCCGGCUCGUCCGCCGUGAGCGGCGUCUCCGCCGCAUUCGGCACCCAGGUCGGCAUGUCCUUCACCAGCAGCGUGCACGGCGGCGGGCUGGGCGUGUCGUUCAGCGCCGGACAAAACUCGGUCAAGCUGUUUGACGACAGCAGCACCGGCGGCGGCGGCAUUGUGUCGCCAGGCGUCGUUGACGUGAGCAGCACCCCGGGCGGCGGCACUGCCCCGUCAGGCGGGCCCAAGAUGAAGUUUGGAAAGUUUGUGAGCGCCAAGAAGGGCACUGGCGACGCGUUGGCAGAGAUCGCAUUCUUCACCGAGGGCGCGUGCCAUGAGUCGGUGGUGGGGACCUCGCCGGUGCGCGUGCUGAGCCUGCCGCGCGCGGCCUGGGAGCUCCUCAUGACGCAGUUCCCACAGCAGGCUCGCCUUGUGCUGGAGAACCUGCAGCGCGCCACAGAGGACGCCGUGGAUGAAAAUCUGCGCAAGGCCGCCACCAAGAACCAGCUCACGCCCGAGCAGCUGUGUGUGGCGCUGGCACUGGUCAAGGGCGACAGCGCUGCCAUCACCGGCCUCGACCCCAUCGAGGUUGCCGACACGCGUGAUGCGCUGACGCAGCCGCAGAUUGAGAUGUUGGCGCGGCUGGACGACGUUCGCAGCACCACUGCUGCGCACGUGCGCAAGGUGGACGAGAAGCGCACGUUUGAGCUGCUCAACACGGCGGCCCAGGGCGACCUGGAGUCGCUGCGCACAAUGCUGGGCCAGGGCAUCAAUGCCAACACCGCAGACUAUGAUGGCCGUACGGCGCUGAUGCUGUCAGCGGCGAAGGGCCACCUGGAGUGCGUGCGCCUGCUACUCCAGGCCGGCGCAGACAAGAACAGGAUCGACGCCUUCGGCAACAGCGCUAUGGCGGAGGCGGCCAAAGGCGCACACGACAAGAUUGUGGACGUGAUGCUCGCCUUUGAUGCCGAGCUGGGUGCGGAGGGCCUGGCGGUGGCAUCGGACCUGUGCACGGCCGUUUACCGCAAAGACCUUGUCAAGCUCAAGCGGCUGCUGCGGGCGGGCGCGCCGCCGGACUCAUGCGACUACGACAAGCGCAGCGCGCUGCACAUCGCCGGCGCCGAGGGCAACCUGGCGGCCGUAAAGAUCCUGAUCGAGGACGGAUGCGCAGAUCCCGAGUUCCAGGACCGGUGGGGCAACACAGCCCUGGACGAGGCGCGUCGGGUGGGCGCCGCCCCCGUGGUGGCAUACCUGGAGGGCCUCUCGAAGCGCAAGCGGCGCAGCCACAACAACAGCUCAAGCGAGGACGAGCUACGGCAGCGGCAGCAGGCUGCCAAGGACUACAUGGGUUGGUGCGGCCUGGGCGAUGCCGCCAAGCUGCGCGAGGCGGGCGGCUACCAGGCUGGCGAGGCGGCGGGCUGCGCCUUCGCCGGACUCAUGCUGGCGGCAAGCAAGGGGCACACGGCAGUGGUGGAGGUGCUCCUGCCCGACAUGCCCACCGACGCCCUGCAGCGCACAGCGCCCACCGCAAUGCUGGAGGCGGCACGUGUGGGGCACGAGGCCACUGUGGCCGCAUUACGGGCUGUGGGGGUGACGCUGAAGGACCCUCGCGCCCGGCACUUGCGGGCCGAGCUACGGAACACAGCGCAGCAAGGCGAUGCAAUCGUGAUUGGCGCCAUGCUAGCCGCCGGUGUGGCUGCCGUCGGCGCCUGCCCCGGUGAUUCGGCAUCACAGCUGGGUGGCAGGGCCCCUGAGGGCACGAUCUUACACAUCGCAACCAUCCAUGCGCAUCUGGCAGUGGUGCGCCGCCUGGUGGAGCAGGGCGGCGCGGUGUCUGACCUGGCGGCCGUGGACGGCGCGGGCCGCACGCCGCUGCAGGUCGCUGAGGCGGCGCUGGCGGCACAGCCCAGCGAGCCGCGUGUGCGGGCGGUGCACGAGUACCUGUCCUGGGCCGUCACCGCCACUGGCACCAAGCUGAGCUCCAUCGCCGCACUGGCGGUGCUGCGCUGGGGGCCGGUCGAGGCGCCGCCGCCGCCGGCGCCACCAGCGGCCGAUGAAGGACUGGCCCUGGCAGACGACCCGAUUGCCGCCGAGACUGCAGGCACACCGCCGCUAAGCCGCAGUGGAGCCAGCGGAGAGCGCUUGCUGGGGCAGAACUUUAAUGCCAUGCCGCAGUCCGCAGCGGCAGCGGCAGGGCACCGCAGUCCUUCCCUGUUGCGUCGCCAGGGGUCUGGUGCCGGUGGCCUGCCAUCGGAGCCCAUAGCGUCGCCACUUCCCACCCGCGGUCAAAGCCGCCUGGGCUCGCCCUCUCCUGGCAAGCAUGCCUCUUUAGAGGGGCCUGCGUCAGCCAUGGCUGCCGCUACAGCUGCGGCGGCACUGGGGGGCGGCAGCCGCAUGCAGCCAUCACCCUUCGCCUCACUGGCCUCGGUUGACACAGCUGGCACGUCGGCCGCGCUGCAAACGAGUGCGUCAGCUGCCAACCUACAGCGCACAGGCACGGAAUCCGCUGGCCUCGCCGGCAGUGCAACGCCCACCGUUGGUGCUGACUUGCUGGCGGUCGGCCUUCCUUCGGCGGUCAGUGCUGGAGACGUGUUGGCAGGCGGCGGCGACUGCGGAGAGGACAGCCCCCUUCCCGGCACGCCACGCGGCUCCACGGCCCACCUCAGCAGCUUGGCCGCGAGCAUAGCGCGCCACCAGCAGCAACAGCAACAGCUGCAGCAGCAACGGCAGCUCGGUGCUGGAGACGGAGCGUCUGCGUCCGAGCCAGGCGGGGGCCUGGGGCCUUUCAGUGCAGCAGCUGUGCAGCAGUACAGCGUCGCCCUGCCCAGUAUGGGCAGCCUGGGAAGCCCGCUGCUGCCAGUGAUGCCGCCCGGACCCCCCGGCGGCCCAGCAGCCAUGACGGGCGGCGGCUUGUUUGUGGGUGGCGGCAGCAGGCGCAGCAGCUUCCGUGCGGGUAGCAGCACGUUCACAGGGAGCGAUGCCAUGCCGCCAUGUCUCGGCGGCAUGGGCCCAGCAGCUACAGACAGUGGGUCGCGCCCUGCCAGUGGACGCGCUGGAUUGGCGGCGGCCCAGAGCGCCCGUCUGCUGCACAGCGCGACGCGGCAGAAUCACACGCAGCUGCUGUCGCCAGUGGGGCAUGCAGCGCCCAGCCCAGUGGCGUCACUGAGCAACGUGCUGUUGAUGCCCUGCAGCCCGCGCCGCGCAAGCGCACUGGCGGGAGAGGCGGAUGAGAUCGAGUCGUACCUUGCGGCCACUGCUGCCACUGGUGCCGCAGCAUCCAGCGGUGCGGGCAGCUUUGCCAGGAGGAGUGAGACGUCGCUGAUGCAGGCCAAGACGGCGGGCGCAGCAGACGGCUUCAACCCGGUAGGCGGCGAGGGCAGCGGAAGGCUGCUGGGCACGGGGCCUGCAAGCGGCCACGGCUAUGUCAGUGGCGGCGGCGGCCGCACCAUGUCACGAAUGCGGCGUGACUCAUCGCGCCUCAGCUAUGCCGGCACAGCUGGCUUGGGCGGCGUCGGUGCUGGCACCGGCGGCGUCGGCGGUGCGGCAGGCAGCCAUGCGGGCGUGAGCAUGGGUGCCACGAUGGCAACGGGUCUUACAGGUUCGGCGGCUACAACUUCUGCUAGUGGUGGCAGCUUUCGGCGCCUUAGCAACAGCACCCACAGCACAGGCCUUGUUUCGCCCGUGAUGACUGGCAGCGGCCUCGGCCUCCGUGCUGCUGCGGCGGCGGGCGCAGCCGCUGCUGCGGCAGGGCCUCUGUCGCCCGUGCCCUAAGCGGCACCGGAAGUGCGCCGGAUGCAUGCGCACUUUCAGCAAUCUUCAUUGGGUAUUGUAAGGCAAGAAAUUGAGCUCGACAUGGCUCGGAACACCUGUUAUGCUUCGAAGACGAAAGACUUCGGGGGAGUGGAGAGUGUGCAUUGCCUUAUGUUUUGGAUAUGGGGGCUUGCAUUGCUGACAAUGUGUGAUAUCUGUGAUAUCUGCGAUGUGUUCUUCCAGUCAUGUGUCGGCCUUUGAAGCUGGUCCUGCACGGGGUGGACGAUAAAUGGAUGGAAGGGCAAGCAAAGCAACACCUGUUGCAUUGCGUCCGAUCGCACAACACUCAGGUGUGGACUAACUGUCACGAGCGUUCCACAACGCUGCACUUGUGUAGCCUACUUUGACCUGAGACUGGCUAGCUUCCCACGCUAGCUUCCUGAGCUCCUGACUUGAUUACCGCUGUGCGCAAAGGUGUUGCUGGGCAAAGCCAUAAGUGUUUCCCGUGCGUGCGUGAGCAUGGCGUCAUCACCCUUGAAUUGGCUUUGAUUGAAUAACGUACAGACACACUAACUUGGCUUGGAGCUGUUACGGUGCGCGGCACUAUCCGUACAAAAGUACCCCGCAACGUGUGCACGAGUGAGGAUUUUGACUGAGUUGGUAUCAAGGUUUAUACUCAGAUAGGAACCGCUUAUCGGCAGGUCUAUCUGUUUGUGCUAAACGUGGGGAUUAAGCAUGCAUUGCACUGCAUGCACGUUGCGUGUUUACGGUACACUGUGGUUCACUGUGAGUGAGGAGUUGGGGCAACGCUUGGUGGCUCAGCAAGCUUCCUUGAAAUACAGGAACGCUGCAUUCAUUAUGUGUGUGAACAUGCUGGGAUAGACCAGUAGAGUGUUCUGGGCUGCAUCACCCACAUGCAGCGCUGUGCAGCACGGCCGGUCGAAUCCGGUUGGGCGAAAUGGCUAAGUGCGAGCGCGUACCGUACUGCUAUGGACAUACAGCCACAAAGCAUUUAUUGCAUCCAGUGUUGCGAGGUAACCAAAAAAAGUCCAUGGCAGGGACCGUUACUCAAGGUGAUGUUUGUCUGGGGCCAUCCUGGGCGAACCCGCAAGCGAGCAGGUUGCAAACGGAUGCUCGCCGACACUACUUGCACCCGUUGAUGUAGAUCAAUUUCAUAGCUCAUGCGCAUGAACAUACGUGUUCCCGUGUUGCGCGCUCCAGGUUGCGCGUGGACGGGCAUGCCAGGCGAGCGGUGAGGGGGUGGUCCCGAUCUGCCUCUCGUGCGUGCCCAUGUUUGCGCCCAAUUUCUUUGGGUAUUUCGGUUCACCUCUUCGUGUCUGUAUGCUACAUGCUGUAAUACAUCAU